AUGAAGGCGGGCUCGGGGGAUCAGGGGAGCCCCCCGUGCUUCCUGCGCUUCCCGCGGCCCGUGCGGGUGGUAAGUGGCGCGGAGGCCGAGCUCAAGUGCGUGGUGCUGGGGGAGCCGCCGCCCAUUGUUGUGUGGGAGAAGGGCGGGCAGGAGUUGGCGGCCUCCGAUCGCCUGAGCUUCCCGGUGGACGGCGCCGAGCACUGCCUGCUGCUGAGCGGCGCCCUGCCCACCGACGCUGGGGUCUACGUGUGCCGCGCCCGCAACUCGGCCGGAGAGGCCUACGCGGCGGCCGCCGUCACCGUGCUGGAGCCGCCGGCCCCCGAGCCCGAGCCCCAGCUCGCCGAGCGCCCGCUGCCGCCGCCCGGAGCCGGGGAAGGCGCCCCGGUGUUCCUGACGGGGCCCCGGUCCCAGUGGGUGCUGCGGGGGGCAGAGGUGGUGCUAGAGUGCCAGGUGGGGGGCCUCCCCGCGCCCACGCUCUACUGGGAGAAGGAUGGGAUGGCGCUGGACGAAGUGUGGGACAGCAGCCACUUCUCACUCGAGCCGGGCAGCGUCGAGGGCCGAGCGGGCGCGGGCGCGAACCUGGCGCUUCGCAUCCUGGCGGCUCGGCUGCCCGACUCGGGCGUCUACGUGUGCCACGCCCGCAACGCGCACGGCCACGCGCGGGCCGGGGCGCUGCUGCAGGUGCAGCAGCCCCCCGAGAGCCCGCCUGAGGACCCCGACGAGGCCCCCACGCCCGUGGUGGAGCCGCUCAAGUGCGCGCCCAAGACCUUCUGGGUGAACGAGGGCAAGCACGCCAAGUUCCGCUGCUACGUGAUGGGCAAGCCGGAGCCCGAGAUCGAAUGGCACUGGGAGGGCCGCCCGCUGCUCCCCGAUCGCCGCCGCCUCAUGUACCGCGACCGAGACGGCGGCUUUGUGCUCAAGGUGCUGUACUGCCAGGCCAAGGACCGCGGGCUGUACGUGUGCGCCGCGCGCAAUUCGGCGGGCCAGACGCUGAGUGCUGUGCAGCUGCACGUGAAAGAGCCCCGCCUCCGCUUCUCGAGGCCGCUGCAGGACGUGGAGGGCCGGGAGCAUGGAAUUGCGGUGCUGGAGUGUAAAGUCCCCAACUCGCGCAUUCCCACCGCCUGGUUCCGCGAGGACCAGCGGCUGCUGCCCUGUCGCAAGUACGAGCAAAUCGAGGAGGGCACGGUCCGCCGCCUCAUCAUCCACAGGCUGAAGGCGGACGACGACGGCGUCUACCUGUGCGAGAUGCGCGGCCGAGUGCGCACCGUGGCCAACGUGACGGUCAAAGGGCCAAUUCUGAAGCGGCUGCCCCGGAAGCUCGACGUUUUUGAGGGCGAAAACGCGGUGCUGCUGGUGGAGACUCGCGAGGCUGGGGUGGAGGGACGCUGGAGCCGCGACGGGGAGGACCUGCCGGCCACCUGCCAGAGCAGCUCGGGCCACAUGCACGCCCUGGUCCUUCCAGGGGUCACCCGAGAAGAUGCCGGGGAGGUCACCUUCAGUCUGGGCAACUCCCGGACCACCACUCUGCUCAGAGUCAAAUGCGUCAAGCAUAAUCCCCCGGGACCCCCACUGUUGGCCGAGAUGUUCAAGGGCCACAGGAACACAGUCCUGCUCACGUGGAAGCCUCCAGACCCCACCCCCGAAACCCCCUUCAUCUACCGGCUGGAGCGGCAGGAGGUGGGCUCGGAAGACUGGGUCCAGUGCUUCAGCAUUGAGAAAGCCGGGGCUGUGGAAGUGCCCGGGGACUGUGUGCCGACCGAGGGCGACUACCGCUUCCGAGUCUGCACCGUCAGCGAACACGGCCGCAGCCCCCACGUGGUGUUCCACGGGUCUGCUCACCUGGUGCCCACAGCUCGCCUGGUGGCUGGUCUGGAGGAUGUGCAGGUGUAUGACGGGGAAGACGCCGUCUUCUCCCUGGAUCUCUCCACCGUCAUCCAGGGCACCUGGUUCCUUAACGGGGAGGAGCUCAAGAGUAAGGAGCCAGAGGGCCAGGUGGGGCCCGGGCCCCUGCGGUACCGGAUGGAACAGCAUGGCCUGCAGCACAGGCUCAUCCUGCAGGCCGUCCGACAUCAGGACAGCGGCUCCUUGAUCGGCUUCAGCUGCCCUGGUGUGCAGGACUCAGCCGCCCUCACCAUCCAAGAGAGCCCUGUGCACAUCCUGAGCCCCCAGGACAAGGUGUCGCUGACCUUCACGACCUCAGAUCGGGUGGUACUGACCUGUGAGCUCUCGCGGGUGGACUUCCCAGCGAGCUGGUACAAGGAUGGGCAGCAGGUGGAGGAGAGCGAGUCACUGGUGGUGAAGAUGGACGGGCGCAAACACCGCCUGAUCCUGCCCGAGGCCCAGGUCCUGGACAGCGGCGAGUUCGAGUGCAGGACGGAAGGCGUCUCAGCCUUCUUCAGCGUCUCCGUCCAAGACCCCCCAGUGCACCUCGUGGCCCCCCGGGAGCACGUGUUUGUGCAUGCCAUCACCUCCGAGUGCGUCAUGCUGACCUGUGAGGUGGACCGGGAGGACGCCCCCGUGCACUGGUACAAGGACGGGCAGGAGGUGGAGGAGAGCGACUUCGUGCUCCUGGAGAGUGAAGGGCCCCAUCGCCGCCUUGUGCUGCCCUCUGCCCAGCCUUCCGUCGGGGGCGAGUUCCAGUGCGUCGCUGGGGACGAGCGCGCCUACUUCACUGUGACCAUCACAGACGUCUCCUCGUGGAUCGUGUACCCCAGCGGCAAGGUGUACGUGGCGGCCGUGCGCCUGGAGCGCGUGGUGCUGACCUGCGAGCUGUGCCGGCCCUGGGCCGAGGUGCGCUGGACCAAGGAUGGCGAGGAGGUGGUGGAGAGUCCCGCGCUGCUCCUGCAGAAGGAGGACACGGUGCGCCGUCUGGUGCUGCCCGCCGUUCAGCUCGAAGACUCGGGCGAGUACUUGUGUGAAAUCGAUGACGAAUCCGCCUCGUUCACGGUCACCGUCACAGAACCCCCAGUGCGCAUCCUAUACCCCCGAGACGAGGUGACCUUGGUGGCCGUGAGCUUGGAGUGUGUGGUGCUGAUGUGUGAGCUGUCUCGGGAGGACGCCCCGGUGCGCUGGUACAAGGAUGGGCUGGAGGUGGAGGAGAGCGAGGCCCUGGUGCUGGAGAACGAUGGGCCCCGCCGUCGCCUGGUGCUGCCCGCCGCCCAGCCCCAGGAUGGGGGCGAGUUCGUGUGCGACGCCGGAGACGACUCAGCCUUCUUCACUGUCACCGUCACAGCCCCUCCAGAGAGGAUUGUGCACCCAGCAGCCCGCUCCCUGGACCUGCAGUUCAGGGCUCCAGGGCGCGUGGAGCUGCGCUGCGAGGUGGCCCCGGCUGGGUCCCAGGUGCGCUGGUACAAGGAUGGGCUGGAGGUGGAAGCAUCGGAUGCCCUGCAGCUGGGGGCCGAGGGGCCCACCCGCACCCUGACCUUGCCUCAUGCCCAGUCGGAGGACGCUGGGGAGUAUGUGUGUGAGACUCGCGAUGAAGCCGUCACCUUCAACGUCAGCCUGGCUGAGCCCCCUGUCCAGUUCCUUGCCCCAGAGGCAGCCCCUGGCCCGCUCUGCGUGGCCCCUGGGGAGCCGGUGGUGCUGAGCUGUGAACUGUCCAGAGCUGGUGCCCUGGUCUUCUGGAGCCAUAACGGGAAGCCGGUGCAGGCAGGCGAGGGUCUGGAGCUCCGAGCCGAAGGACCCCGCCGCGUCCUCUGCAUCCGGGCUGCAGACCCGGCCCACACAGGCCUCUACACCUGCCAGUGUGGGGCAGUACCGGGGGCCCCCAGCCUCAGCUUCACCGUCCAAGUGGCUGAGCCCCCCAUGCGGGUGGUGGCCCCUGAGGCAGCCCAGACGAGGGUUCGCAGCACCCCAGGCGGGGAUCUAGAGCUGGCCGUGCGCCUCUCCGGGCCGGGGGGCCCUGUGCGCUGGUACAAGGACGGGGAGCGCCUGGCCAGCCAGGGGCGGGUGCAGCUGGAGCAGGACGGGGCGAGGCAGGUGCUGCGGGUGCGGGGGGCACGGAGCAGGGACGCUGGGGAGUACCUGUGCGACACGCCCCAGGACAGCCGCAUCUUCCUCGUCAGCGUGGAAGAACCCCCGAUGGUGAAGCUGGUCUCAGAGCUGACGCCGCUCACUGUCCACGAGGGGGAUGACGCCACGUUCCGGUGUGAAGUCUCCCCGCCAGACGCUGACAUCACUUGGCUGCGCAAUGGGGUCGUUGUCACGCCAGGGCCCCAGCUAGAAACGACCCAGAAUGGGUCAAGCCACACACUGACCGUACGAAGCUGCCGGCUCGAGGAUGCGGGGACUGUGACUGCCCGGGCUGGGGGCACGUCCACGAGUGCCCGGCUGCACGUUCGAGAAACGGAGCUGCUGUUCCUGCGGCGGCUGCAGGACGUGCGGGCAGAGGAAGGCCAGGAUGUGUGCCUCGAAGUGGAGACCGGCCGCGUGGGGGCGGCAGGGGCCGUGCGCUGGGUGCGAGGUGGGGCGCCCCUGCCCCCUGACUCCCGCCUGUCCACAGCCCAGGACGGCCACGUCUACCGCCUCUUCAUCCACGGCGUCGUGCUGGCCGACCAGGGCACCUACGGCUGCGAGAGCCAUCACGACCGCACCCUGGCCCGGCUCAGCGUGAGGCCAAAGCAGCUAAGGGUGCUUCGACCUCUGGAGGAUGUGACCGUCAUCGAGGGGGGCAGUGCUACCUUCCAGCUGGAGCUGUCCCAGGAGGGGGUGACUGGGGAAUGGGCCCGGGGUGGAGUCCGGCUGCAGCCGGGGCCCAAGUGCCAAAUUCAGGCCGAGGGCCACGCUCACCACCUGGUCCUCAGUGGCCUGGGCCUGGCCGACUCGGGCUGCGUCUCCUUCACUGCGGAUGCGCUGCGCUGCGCAGCCAGACUCACCGUGAGAGAGGCCCCAGUGACCAUUGUGCGGGGGCUCCAGGACCUUGAAGUGACCGAGGGCGACACAGCUACGUUCGAGUGCGCACUUUCCCAGGCCUUGGCUGAUGUCACCUGGGAGAAGGAUGGGCAGCCGCUCACCCCCAGCUCUCGGCUCAGGGUCCAGGCCCUCGGCACGCGCCGCCUUCUCCAGCUGCGGCGCUGCAGCCCCUUGGAUGCAGGGACCUAUAGCUGCGUGGUGGGGAUGGCCCGAGCUGGGCCCGUUCACCUAGUGGUGCACGAACGCAAGGUGUCUGUCCUCUCUGAGCUGAGGUCCGUGAGCGCCCGCGAAGGCGACGGAGCCACGUUCGAGUGCACCGUGUCGGAGGUCGAGACAGCUGGGAGCUGGGAGCUCGGAGGCCGCCUGCUGAGACCCGGAGGCCGCGUCCGCAUCCGACAGGAAGGGAAGAAACACAUUCUGGUGCUGAGCGAACUGCGCGCAGAGGACGCUGGUGAGGUCCGCUUCCAGGCGGGACCCGCCCAGUCCGUGGCUCAACUGGAGGUGGAGGCACUGCCUCUGCAGAUGCACCGCCGGCCCCCUCGCGAGAAGACGGUUCUGGUCGGUCGCCGGGCCGUGCUGGAGGUGACAGUGUCCCGGCCGGGGGGUCAAGUGUGCUGGCUGCGGGAAGGGGCCGAGCUGUGCCCAGGGGACAAGUAUCAGCUGCGCAGCCACGGCCCCACCCACAGCCUGGUCAUCCAUGACGUUCGACCUGAGGAUCAGGGCACCUACUGCUGCCAGGCCGGCCAAGACAGCGCCUACACACGGCUGCUGGUAGAGGGAGAUGCCCCACUCUCCACCUGA